GGCCAUGCUGCUAUACCAAGCACCCUCUGGCAUCGCGGUUUUCUCGUUCGAUGUGAGCUACCUCAACGGUAUAUCCAAGGCCUUCUGGAAAUCCUUGCCAUCCCUUAGUCUCGAAGUAUUCAUAAAGUCUAAGAUGGUGCCCAGCCCCAUUGACUCUGCUAAUAAGUUUGUUGACAGUCUGCUGGCUGACAGUCUCAUUGAGCUGUGUCUGUGUGGUUCUGAAAAGACAUUAUUCGUGGGAAGUGCUGAACAUAAAAGAAUAAUUGAAGCGACACUGGGAAUAAUCUGUCUGUAUGUUGAUGUUCCGGACUGUGAGAUGAUAGUUUGCCAUCUGAAGGAUCACGUCCGUAAUUUGCUUAGUUUCCCGGAUGAUGCAUCGGCUAUGCUGCUACAUGAAGCACCCUCUGGCAUUGCAAUUUUCUCUUUUGAUGAGAGCUACCUCAACGGUCUAGCCAAGGACUUCUGGACAUGCUUGCCACCGCUUAGUCUGGUAGAAUUCAUGGCAUAUGAGAGGGUGCCCACCCCCAUUGACCUUGAUAAUGAGGCUAUUGACGAUCGCCUGGCUAAGAGGCUCAUGAAGCUGUGUGGUUCUGAGAAGAAAUUAGUUGUGGGAAGUGCUGCGCAUAAAAGGAUAAUUGAAAUGAAAGUGGAAAAAAUAACAUGUCUGUAUGUUGAUAUUCCGGAUUGUGAGGUGAUAAUUUGCAGUCUGAAGAAGCCCAUGGGCACUUUAUUGCCUCAUGAAGAAAAAGCAGACCCUAUGAAAAAUAUAAUAUCGUUCUUACAUCAACAUGACUUUGAUAUCCCGGGUGGGAAGGUUGAGGAAUCUUAUUAUGCACCGGCUCUUCGCUUGCAUGAAGUCUAAUUAUGUGAAAGGAACUAUUUGAAGUUUUUCCGCCUUCUUCUUAACAGUUUUCUGUCUAGAUCCGGCAUUGACGCUAAGUAUUUGAUUUUAAUCCAAUUUGCAACAGCUCUGAAGAUGAUCUGUCACCCUCGAGCUUCAUAUGAAGUCCACCACCCCGAUGAGAUUUUCUUACACGACGUGUACUCAAAGAUAGUGGAUCAUUCACCUCGAUAUAAAGGAAGCUUUUUAAAGAUUGAUGUCCUUUCUCUCUACAAUGAGGUUUUAAGUCUCUGUUCACAGAGGAGUAGACAUUUGUACAAAUUGGAUUCCUUGGUUAGGAAGGCUGCAAAGAUGAAGGCUAAGUUAGAAAAGCAUCCUUCCGUCGAAGUGCCUAACGAGAGCAAGUCGAAAGCAGCUUCUGAGCAAACUGGAAAGCUUGAGGCAGGUAAUUCUGUUUUGGGUUCAGUGAUGGGAGAAUUAGAUGCAACAAGCACUUUGCUUAAAGAUAAAGAAUCUGAAGUUGUUACACGUCAUGACAGCGUCAGACUCUUGGAAGAUGAUGCGACUACCAGGCUCAUUGAUGUGACAAUUGAUCCUGAAGAGAAAGAAGCACCAGACUUGACUCUGGUGAUGAAAGAAGAAAAUGAAAACGAUGGGCUUCUGGCCAAGCUGAAUCAUCUCGAGGCUCUGGCACUGGAAGUUAGAAAAACUGGUGAGGAAGCCAACAAGGUCGUUCAAUUGAUUCACAAACUAGUAGAUGUGCUGAUGGAAAAAGCAAAUGAAAAUGGUGUCCUGCUGGAGAAGGUGAAUCAUCUCGAGGCUCAGCUACUGAUAGCCAAAAAAGCUAGCGAGGAAGCGAAGGCAGAGACCCCUGUCAACUGGAGGAUAAACCAUUAGACGGGCACUCGGCUGUGGCGACUGGAAUAGAAACUGAAAUUGGAAAUGUGGGUGGAUGGCGGCGUCAUUGGCGCUCAUUAGGGUGGUCACUAUCAUCAUCGCGGAGUCAAUCUUCAAAUUGGAAAUGUUUUCCUUCGUUUCGUUCUUUUUUUUAUAGAGGGAAGAUCUGGCUUUAAAGAAGAAGAAUUCCUGCACCUGUCCAUGCAAUACAAAAAGGGCGUCCCGUGGUAGUGUUGUUGAACCGCUAAUAGCAAAAUUCACUCCGUUACUGUAAUUAGAACCCAAUGCCUUCAGAUAAGGGCUCAGAUAGCUUAUGUUUAAGCUUUCACCUGGAUAUAUUUUGGUCAUUCAUGGACCCACUAUUA